AUGCCCCAUGCGGUCGCGCCGACCGUGCCGCCCCAGUGGCGUGACGAGCUGCGGUCCGCGCUCCAGACGCCCGGGCUCUCUGAGCAGCUCACCUGCGACAAGUUUGGCAUCACGCGCAGCGCGUCGUUGACGCAGUUUGGCUACAUCGACCUUGGCACUGCGACGACGUCCGCCAGAUCCAUCGUACGUGGUUGCGACGUGGUUGAGCACCUCACGCUCCGCAACACGGGCAGGUUUCCAAUCGCGCUUGCGUCCGCCUGGGUUCUGGACCACGCGAAUGUCUUCAACGUGACGCAUCCAGCGCCCAUGUCUCUCUCAGGCGCGCCGCUUCGGCUGCAGAUUGGCUUGCACCACGACAGUGCGCGCGCGCUUCCGACCUCGGCGCCGAUCGAGACGCACCUCGUCCUCGUCUUUGAGUUUCCGCGCGUCGGCAGCCUCGUGCAAUUCACGACCCACUCGUUUGUGGUGCUCCACCCGCUGCGGCUCGUGCCGGCGCGGGUCGGCGACGUAGAGUCGUCCCUGGACGCCGAAGCCAGCGCCUUUGUACCGCUCGAGUGGCGCGAGGCGUUCCAGGCACCUGUCGACGUCGUUGCGUCACUGGCCGAGACCGCGUGGCCGUUCACGUCGGCGCUCUCGAUGCUCGUGGAGCCCGUGGCGCUCAAGUACGCUGAUUCGCCGCCGGUGCCGGCCAUGGCAAUCCAGACGCUCGAAACGACGCAACCCGCCAUGUUGCAGCAGCUCGACCCCUAUGUGUUCAAGCAGCAGACAUGCAUCCGACUCGAAGAGAUGCAGAUGCGCCACGACGCCACUGCCUACGAUCUCCAUGACGUCCAGCUUCGCGUGCCCAAGUCGCAUCGCAACCACCGCAGUGACGCAAUGGUUGUCACCCUCGACGUGCCUGGCGUCCGCGAAGCCCGACCGCUCGUUGGCCUCCGAGACGUGGUUCGGCUGCGGCCCCAUCACGCCCGCUACGCGCACAUUGAGAUCGUUGGCGUCGUCACGGAGCUGCGCCUCUCGAUUGUGACCCUCGUCGUGCCAACGACGUGCAGCGGUCUCGACUUGACCACGUCUAAACUCUUCACCAGCGAACGAUAG